UGGCCGGAGAGGUCAGCGCCAUGGCUUGGAACCUGCCCACCCGGAGACGAGCCGCACGGAGCCACUGCACACCAUAAUGAAAGACAGAACACUUUUCUUCACCCAGUGACUGGCCAGAUUCCAGAAGAAAACAGCCAAUUUGAUCUGCAAAAUUCUGCCUCAAACAUGUCAAACAAAGCAGGCAGCAAGCGGCUGGCACCAGUCAAUAGCGAAUCUUCUAAUCAUACCAUGGUUUCGGAGGCUUCUCAGGAACGACCCAAUGGCCGGGCCUCACGCUCCUCCAGGAAGGGGAUUGCAUUUGGGAAACGCUCCAAUUCCAUGAAGAGGAAUCCCAAUGCUGCAGUGACCAAGAGUGGCUGGCUCUUCAAGCAGGCCAGCUCAGGGGUGAAGCAAUGGAAUAAGCGCUGGUUUGUGCUGGUGGAUCGCUGCCUCUUCUACUACAAAGAUGAGAAGGAGGAAAGCAUAUUGGGCAGCAUCCCGCUUCUCAGCUUCCGGGUGGCAGCUGUCCAGCCAUCAGAUAACAUCAGCAGGAAAUACACCUUUAAGGUGACUGUGUGCUGGAUGGAAGAGACACGAGGGGGUAACAAGAAGUCACUCUCUCCCCAGGCUGAGCACGCCGGCAUCCGGACUUACUUCUUCAGUGCUGAGAACAACGAGGAGCAGGAGUCCUGGAUCCAAGCCAUGGGCGAGGCUGCUCGGGUGCAAAUCCCACCCACUCAGAGCAAGAACUACCACCACCAUCACCACCACCACCGCAGUGUUCCAGCCAGGGAGCCUGCCAAAGCUGAGCCAGAAGCGAAGACCAGAGGUGAAGGAGACGGCCGUGGCUCAGAGAAGAUCGAAAGGAAGCCAGAGCGAGCAGAGAGCAAGAAAGAGCCCCUGGUGAAAGCCAAUGGCAUUGUGAGUCAAGAAAUGCCCUCAGAGCCUGGAAGCCCUUAUCCUGAAGCCACCCAUGUGCCCCCUGGGGUGGAGAGGCCAACACAGCCAAAUGGCUGGCAGUAUGCAUCUCCUAGCCGGCCUGGCAGCAUGGCCUACCCACAACAUGACGGUGAGACUGCUGUGCCUCGUCGGAGCUUUGCCCCCCGCACUAAUCCUGAGAAGAUUGCCCAGAGGAAGAGCUCAAUGACACAGCUGCAGCAGUGGGUAAACCUGCGCCGUGGGGCGGUACCUUCUGAGGAUCUCCAUAGCCCCACCAGGUUCUACCCAAUGUCCCGAAGAGUUCCUGAGUACUAUCCCCCAUACUCCCCCCAGUUCUCUGAGGAUUACCAGUAUUACCCUCCUGGCGUGCGCCCUGACAGCAUCUGCUCUAUGCCCGCCUAUGAGCGCGUGAGCCCUCAGUGGUCUGUCGAUGACAAGCGGCACUCCUUCCGUAACAGUGGCACAUACCAACUGCGUGACUGGAAGGAACAGCCCGGCUACGGCAGACAGGAUGUGCCUGUCUGGAUCCCAGGCCCCACACGACCGCCAGUUUACUAUGAUGAAAUGGAUGCUGCCUCCGGCUCUUUACGCAGGAUGUCACUCCAGCCUCGCUCCCGGUCGGUCCCCCGCUCACCAAGCCAAGGUUCCUACAACAGACCCAGGGUAUACUCCCCAGUCAGGUCACCCAGCGCCCGCUUUGAAAGAAUGCCUGCCCGGAGUGAGGAGAUUUAUGCUGAGCCAACAACCUACAUGAUGAGGCGAUCGGUCAGUUCCCCAAAGUACGAUUAUAUGGGUGACAGGAGGCCUGUUCCUGCAGGAGUGUUCCCCUUCAACUAUCCAGCAUCCCCUACAGUCCACGACAAAAUGGAUGAACUUUUAGACCUUCAGUUGCAAAGAAACCUAGAAUAUUUGGACCAGCAGAUGAGCGAGAGCGAGACUUUGAUCAGUAUGGUGAACAGAAUGGUGGAGAGCUCCUCCCCUAGGGCUCAGCUGUACAUGCAAGUGUCUCACUUCCCCGAAGCUUAUAGAGAGACGCUGCACACCUACAAGAUAAGCGAGCAAGAUACAGAUAAGCUCCUGGGAAAGCUUUGUGAGCAAAACAAAGUGAUGAGGGAACAGGAGAGGCUGGUGCAGCAACUUCGCGCGGAGAAGGAGAGUCUAGAGAGCGCACUAAUGGGGACACACCAGGAGCUAGAAAUGUUUGGGAGCCAACCGGCCUAUCCUGAAAAACUGCUGCACAAGAAGGAAUCCCUCCAGAACCAGCUGAUCAAUAUCCGGGUGGAGCUCUCCCAAGCCAGCACGGCAUUGGCCAACAGCACCAUAGAAUAUGAGAACCUGGAGGGUGAGGUGUCAGCCUUGCAUGAUGACCUGUGGGAACAGCUGAACUUGGACGUCCAGAAUGAAAUGCUCAAUCGGCAAAUCCAGAAGGAGAUCUGGCGGAUCCAAGAUGUGAUGGAGGGGCUAAGGAAGAACAACCCUUCUCGAGGCACAGACACUGCGAAGCACAGAGUGACCCUGGGCCCAUCAGGAACCUACAGCUCCAAUAGCCCGGCCAGCCCUUUGAGCUCAGCCAGCCUCACAAGUCCACUGAGCCCUUUCUCCCUUGUGUCCGGUUCCCAGACCUCCCCUACCAAGCAAGGCAGCAAUGAGUCCAAGUCUAGCUUCGAGCUGAGCAAGAAAGACCACCAGCGGACAACAGCCUCCAGCGCUACAGUGGAGGGAGGGCUUUUGCAGACACUGCAAGAGCAAGAAGCUGACAAGCAACUAGCUCUCAACAAAGUUGGCAUUGUUCCCCCAAGGACCAAAUCACCCCUGGAAGAGGACACCAUACCCACAUCAGGUGUGAUAAGGAGGAGUGCAAGCAACCUACCCAAUGGACUGAAUUCCCGGGACAGGCCAAAGAGUGCUGUGUUCGCCAAUGAAAUGAAGGCAAAGAUGAGCGUAGAGGAACAGAUUGAUCGCAUGAAGCGCCACCAAAGCGGUUCUAUGAAGGAGAAAAGGCGAAGCUUGCAGCUUCCAGCCAAUCAGCAACAGACAGAGGGCUCCGUCUCCAAAACUCCUUCUUACAAAGUGGUCCGCAGACACCGCAGCAUCCAUGAGGUGGACAUAUCUGAUUUGGAGGCAGCGUUACGCUCGGAAGACUCUGGCAAGAUGUACGAAACCCCCCGGGAAGAGAUUGCUCGACUGCGUAAAAUGGAGUUGGAACCUGAGCAUUAUGAUGUAGAUAUCAGCAAAGAGCUUUCCACUCCAGACAAAGUCCUCAUCCCAGAAAGGUACAUUGAGCUGGAACCUGAUACCCCAUUGAGUCCUGAGGAGAUGAAGGAGAAGCAAAAGAAAGUGGAAAGGAUAAAGACUCUCAUUGCCAAAUCCAGCAUGCAGAAUGUGGUCCCUCUCAAUGAGGGAGAGGUGGACAUGCCCCAGGACCAAGAGACCCAGCUCCAGGAGCAGGAGAAGCGAAUAGAGAUCUCCUGUGCUUUGGCUGCAGAAGCCUCCAGAAGGGGCCGUAUGCUCUCUGCUCAAUGUGCCACCCCGAGCCCUCCCACCUCCCCAGCUUCCCCGACUCCACCGACCAAGUCCCUCUCGUCUGACUCAUCCCAGGGCACCGACAGCCAUUUUAUGCGUGUCUGAGCCAUAAACACAAGCCCUGGCUGCUGUGAAUGCUGUGAAGUUCCACGGAGCCACAUUUUAACACACAAGUGUGCAUCCCAACACAACCACUUAACAAUGCUCUCGCUGUAGCCAUGGUUCUCUCUGAACCUCUCCUUUGGAUGACCUGUGAGAACAUGCAGGAAGGA